GUUGUAUGCCCGUUGGGUUUGACGUAGGAGUGAGAUGGCGGUAUCAUUGUUUUGAUUGGUGCAUCUGGUUGUUGGUGCAAGUUGUUGAUUAAUCAAAUAAUAAUAAAGGGAAUGGUGAAUGGUCUCGGAUCAGAUGUCAAACAUAAAGUUAAUUGUAACAAUAAAUAUUAUUAUGUCAUGGGCUAGAUAAUAAUCGAGAAAAUUACAUUUAGAAAAGUAAUAGUGUUGUUGGCAAUGGGUGCUGAAUUACAUUUGAAUAUUAUUAAUUUAGUAUUCCGGUAGUAAAAUGGCAAGGAAUGAUGAUUGUUGGCGUAAAUGUGCAAGGUGGUUGACAGACUGUGGAAUACUUAGGAAUGAUCAUAAGGCUAAUUGGCCAGAAGCAGUGGUUUCAGACCUCGCAAAUACGUUGCGGGACGGAGUUCUACUAUGCAAUUUGUUGAAUGCUCUUGAUCCUGGCUGCAUUGACAUGAAGGAUGUCAAUCAAAAACCGCAACUAGCACAGUUCCUGUGUCUCCGCAACAUUAAAGUUUUCCUGCAUACGUGCCAUUUGGUGUUUGGCCUCAAAGAAACAGACCUCUUCGAGCCGUCCGUGCUGUAUGAAUUGACAGAUUUUUAUAAAGUGCUCAACACCUUGUCGAAGUUAUCCAACUGCCCUAAAGUUCAGCGGAACAAAAUCCCUGGCUUUUUGAUCCAUAAAAACAGAACUGCAUCAGAGGAAGAUAUAUACAGAGACCUUAAUCCAGUCGAUGACAUUGCUCGUCGCAUGCACGAUGAGGAUGUGGAGUACGGCUCGUACUACGCUCUCGCUAACGAGAAUGAAGUCUACGAGGAUCUGUGCAGCAUCGCCCGUCGCAUUGUGGCCGAGGAACUACCCCACAGCACCCACAGCUUCGAGAAGCGAGACUUUGUCAUCAAGGAGCUGGUGGAGACAGAGAAGAACUACAAGGAGGUCCUGGAGACACUCCACAAGUCCUUCAUGAAGCCACUGUGUAGCAUGCUCAAGGAGGAGGACAUUCAGAUCAUAUUUGGUAGAAUAAAGGAGCUGUCGGAGAUCCAUUGUGGAUUCUACAGUCACUUGUUGAAGGCGGUUGCUCCGGGCAGCUUAGCUAGGCUCAGCGAUGUGUUCAUCAACUGGAGGGAGAAGUUCCUGGUGUACGGGGAGUACUGUGCCAACCUGACCCGUGCACAAGAGCACGUGCUGGAGCUGUGUUCUCGCAGUGAGAUCUUCAACCAGAACCUCGUUAAGUGCGAGCAGGAGACGAACCAGGGCAAGUUCAAGCUGCAGGACAUCCUGUCCGUGCCCAUGCAGCGGAUCCUCAAGUACCCGCUGCUUCUCGACAAACUCAUCAAGGAGACACAGCCGACUCAUGAAGAUUAUCGUGGUUUGGAGAGAGCCAAAGAAGCAAUGGUGGAUGUAGCUCAGUUUAUUAACGAAGUGAAACGGGACAGUGAUACAUUGGAUAUAAUGAGGAAGAUACAGGACAGUAUUGCUGACCUGCAGAUGCCUGAGCACACAGAGCUGAAGGACUAUGGCAGCUUGGUCAAAGACGGAGAGCUGAAAAUCAAAGCCCACGACGACCAAAAGAUUAAGCUGAGGUAUGUUUUCUUAUUUGAUCAAGUUAUGAUCAUGUGCAAAUUAUUAAGGGGAGAGAGCUACAGCUACCGGGAGUCGGUCAGACUGCAGGAGUACAAGGUGGAGGACGUGAGCAACAGACGCAUCCUGCGCGGCGACGCUCGCUGGAACUACCACUUCUUCCUGGUGAGCCGCAGCGAGAGGACAGCUUACACCCUGUACACUCGCAGCGACGAGCUCAAGCGCAAGUGGAUCGAGGCCAUUCAGAGUGCUUUGGACAACAUGGAACCUCCGGGCAUGAAGAAAACAGAUCACAAGUUCCUCAUGCACUCGUUUGACCGCCCAGUGAUCUGUCACCACUGCAGCAAGUUCCUGAAAGGUCUCAUCUUGCAGGGCUACCGCUGCCAGAAGUGUGACAUCGCAGUCCACAAGCUGUGCAUAGAGUACUCUGGUCGGUGCGGGGCCCCGCUGCCCCCUCCGCGCCCCCCGCGCCAGGACCCGCCCCCCUACAGCUGCCCCGACCCCAGUCUGCGCGACCACCUCUGGUUCGUGGGCGAGAUGGGGCGAGAUGCGGCCUCCACUCUGCUGGAGAGACACGUGGACGGCACCUACCUGCUCAGGAUCCGCCCUCAAGGAGCGAGCCACCCCAGCGAGACUGUCUACGCCCUCAGUCUCAAAGCUGACGGCAGAGUCAAGCACAUGAAGGUGCAUGAGAAGGUGAUAGAAGGCGUGACGCACUACUACCUCUCUGAAGCUCGCUUCUUCAGAAGCAUCAUUGACCUGAUCGCAACCUACGAGCAUGCCAGCUUGAGCGAGAACUUUGUUGGCCUGGACGAGGGGCUGAAGUGGCCGUACCACCGGAUCGUGGCCAUCGCAGACUUCGACUUCAGCCCUCAGGAGUCGAACCAGCUGGCGCUGAGGAAGGGCUGCCAGGUGGUGGUUGUGAGCAAGGAGGGGGACGACAAGGGCUGGUGGAAAGGACGCAUCCAAGACAAAGUGGGUUUCUUCCCCAAGGUGUACGUACACGUGGUGCAAGAAGCGGACUGAUUUCGCUGCGUGUUUGCCCACAGGAAGCCGUGAUUCUGGCGCUCAUUCUCAGUACAUUCUGUGCAUGAUUCUUGCCACUUGUUUUGCAUAUUUUUAAUACAAUUUCAAAGCUGCUUAUAUUUUUGUAGAAAUUGGUUUACAUUUGUUACAAACAUCGACUAGUAAUAUUCCGCAUUUGUUAAUGAGUGAGUCUCAAGUAAUGUUACAGAAAACAGUGUGUUCUCUGUAAUCUCUCUGUGCACUUAAGUUCCAAACAGUGGUCAAAGCAUUUAUUAGCGGACAGUAGAUUUUCAACGUGUAAUCUUGUCGAAUUUAUGGAAACUAUUUUGCCAAGGAGUUUCAUAAUGUUUAAUUUUUAUAUGAAAUAUUUUAAUUGAUUCAUGUGUGCAUAUUGUUAAUUUAUGAUAGUUAUAUAAAGAAUUUAUUACAAUGCUUAUUUAAUUACUGUGUUCUUUACAGUGUAACAGUACAAAUUAUUAUUACCAUCAUAUUCAUAUCUAUAUAUAUUUAUAGAAAGUUUUUUUUCUAAUGUUUAGUGGUGCUGUAUUUUUUUUGUUGUAUUUAUAAUUGUAAAAUUGUAGAAAGAAUAUUGACCAACAAGCUGUACUAUAAAACACCAUUAAUAAUUCAUUUCGUCAGUGUGUCUGUCUUGUGUUCAUGUGUAUGCAGUAGACCUGUACAAAUGUCAAUUUUUUAGUUCCAGUCAAAUACAAAAAUGAAUAUCAUGUUUGAAUAAUAUGAAUGAGAAUUGGAAUAUCACUAAAAAUGUUCACAUCACGUAACAUAUUCGUAGGAAUUGGAAAAGGCUAAUAUUUAGUGUAGUGGCUUCUGGGAAAUUCGACAAAUAAUAUUGAAGUGAAAGGUUCAUUAGGUAAAAUCUGCUACAUUAAUGAUAAGAAAAGGGUUUGCUAAAAUAUAUAAAAAAAAUUUAAAUGUGUUUUUAUGCAGUUAACACAACUUACUCACCUUUCAUUCUGUUUUCAUUCACAUUAUUUCCCAGGAUCUGCUACUCUACAUAUUGAUCCAGAAAAUUUAAAACUGAAUCCAUUUCACGAGAAAAUUAAAAUUUUUGUAAUGCUGUAUUUGUGAAAGAGUGAUUAAAUGAGCUCACAUUUAAA